CAUCACUGGCAGAGGGACAACGCGCCACCAUCUGGAAAUUCCUUACGUGAAAAAGCCAGGAUGUUUGACCGAGAUAGCAACCAAUCCCAACCGUCGUCGUUCAACGUAAACGAGAAUACCCAGAAAUCUCUCUUCCCUCGACCGCCGUGGAUCGAGCACGAUAGAAACGAAGGCAAAUCGAACAAGAUGGUCACCGAGAACGGACGGCUCGAUUAUCGGCUGUUCUGCAAGCAGUUCGCGCCCUUCAUCGGCAAGAACGCUGCUCCGGAAAUCAGGAGUAUCGAAGAUCCUCGCAGGCACAACGAACACUCGAACGCGCAUCGCAAGAACUUGGCACCGUUAAACGAGAAGCUCGGCGUGGUAGACGGGAAGAUUUCCUUCAGGAUGUUCCCCGAGAAAGGACCGCAGGUUCAGUAUCGUCCGAGCGAGCCGCAUCGCGCGGUUGAGAAACCAGUUCGGGACAAAUUUGAUCACAAUUUUGUCCGCAGCGAGAAGGAUGUGUUUAAACCGUUAGCCACGGUGCGCAAUGAUAAGGACUCGUCUGGAACUACGUUCGCGGGGAACGCACCGAUCGAUGUGAUGCUGAAAGGUAGCUCGUCCGUGGCCGUACAGACGGGUGUCAACGACGACAGUCAUCCUGAAGAGGCACGCGUGUUUCAAGUGGUUCCUAGGGUCGCAAAGGGGCUGCCAUCCGCGUACAAUAACGUGUCCGUUCAAACCCAUAACGAGCCGGAAGUGGAAGUCAAAGAACACUGGAUAACUCCUCAAUACAAUGACGUUGUUCCAACAUCAGACUUGAUUUAUCAUCCUGCCGCGGAUCCGAGCCAUUUCGUUCUGGACCACAAUCGGAAUUAUGCCGUAACGACUGAUAUCACUUCGAGAAACGAAGUUCUGCCCCUAGCGAGCAAGAACACGUGCGAUCUUGUCAAGGAAGACACCGUUUGCGUGCCGUAUUCGACGGAGAAGGCUCCUUUUCAAGCGAUAUCCGGUCAUCAGUUGCCGGAACAGCGCGACCCGAUCCUCCGAACGAGUCCGCGAUGUGAAAAUUAUUUCUCGCCUAAAUCAAUUGAUAAUCGACCUCAAAUGUAUCCGACUUACAUCCCGUGCGUUAAAUCCGACAAGGAUCCGUUCGAGGAUCGGAUGCCGAGCGUGUCGCAUGAUAUUGGCAAAGAAAAUCCUUUAUGUACAAGCGACGGCGCUUUGCCAGAGGAACAGCAUAUCCAAAAUCAGGAUAUCAGCGCGGACACCGGCGUCGUCACGCGGUACACUUGUGCGAUCGCGACUGUCGCGUCCGCGGACGUUCCGGCGACACAACUCGAUGAAGCCAGACUGGAAUCUGGAACGUCACCAGCCUCGUCCUUGUCACCCUCGCAGCUCUGGCCGCAUCCCAAACCGAUCAGUAGCGAGACCAUUACGACCGAGGACGAAAUACGUCGACACAACAUGCUACAGCAGAGCCUGGUUCGUCAGUUGCAGAACGAGCGAGCGAUACUAACCGAUCAUCAUACGUCUGUCGUCAACCAGUCUGGCAAUUUUAAUCAACCUAAUAGUUUUCAUCAAUCUAACAGUUUUAAUCAACCUCUGAGGUUCCAGCCGUCCGAAGCGCCGAAAAGACCGGAAUUGCCGAAAAGACCGGAACCGCCGAAAAGACCGGAACCGCCGAAAAGAUCGGAACCGCCGAGAAGAUUGGAAUCGCCGAGAAGAUCGGAACCAUCGAGGAAGUUGGAAUUGCCGAGGAGGUUGGAGCCGCCGAGAAGAUUAGAGCCACCAGCGGUCGUCACUGGUUUGCUGUCGGUAGCACCAUCCUCUGGAUUCAGCGCGAAGAACCGAAUCACCGCUCUGAGAGAACAGUACGAACAACCGGGCCAAUCGAAACCCAUCCAGAAGGAACGCUCGCCGAUCCCAAACGGCGCGAGCGGCGCGAUGGACUCCAGUGACGAGUAUCUCGUGUCCUGCACCAACAGGCCGUCCAGAUCCAUCGUCCUGUCAAAGUCCGAGUCGUGGCAUCAGCUGGCAAUCUCGAAAGGCCAUCACGCUCCGUCGCGCCCGGUACAGGAUAAGUUACCGCCGCAAGCCCACGCUGGCGCCGGAUCCUAUCUUCCGAAACCGCCCAAGCCGAAGUCGCCGUCGUCCUUCAAGAUGAAGAAGCAGUACGAGGCGUCUUCGUCCUCGGAUAGCGUGAAGAAGAUGGAGGACAAGAUACGCAGAUACUUCGAUAAUCCAGCGAACGACGGCACCGCGGAGACGAGGGACUCGAAAGGUAGACGUUUCUCGUCGCGCGACUCAACGAAAAAGGGCCUUGUCAGUCUAUCUAGGAGUCGCACCAUGCCGGGGAUAUGUGACGAAAGCCUGCGUCUGACCAUCCCGACGGUACCACAGAUUCCCGUGGCGAGCCUCAACAGUGCCGAAGUAGACAAGGUGUUUGAUGACAUCUUCGAGGAGGCUACCAGGACCGACGAUCUUCAUUUCUGAUCGACCGAUCCUCAUCGUGUUGUAUAGUGUCGGCGCGAUGUACACUUGGGGGACUUGAUGACGGUAAAAGCGGCGUCCGUUCGGAACUUUUGCGAGAGUACUCUUUGUGUGAGAGCUGAACAUCGUGAUAAGAACACGAUUCUACGUUAAUCUCGACGUGCUACGUAAUCGGCCGACAACACGUGGAUCGUUAAACUGUGAUCUUGCCCACUUUGAUUCGCAUGGCCUGACGUCGACAACUGUCAUCCAGGACGACGCAUCGUCGCGCACAUAGCCGGUUAAUUCUAAUCAGACUGUUUACGUUAGGAGUUUGCAUACGAUUAUUGUUGGUUACUUGUUUUCAUAAGACUGUUUCUGUAAACAUUAACUGAGAAUAACUGUUCUUUGAGGUUUAA